CUCAUCUAGGGCUACACAAGAGACACAUUUCAAGAUGGAGAGGGCAGCUGCAAUGUUAGGUCUGAUCAUGGCACUGAUGUCCGAGUGCAGUGGCCAGUGUUUGGACUCGUCCACUGUUAACAUCUACACGGAGCUGAAGGAGCUCAGGCUGAUGGUGGGGGAGCUCACAGGGAGGCUAGACGCCACACAGAAGGAGCUGGAACAAGAGAGAGCAGCCAAAAGAGUGGCUUUCACCGCAUCAAUGUUGAGUUCAGAGGACAGAAAUCAUGGUCCCUUUGAUCGUGAGACCAAUCUCAUCUUUGAAAAAGUCAUCACAAAUGUCGGCAAUGCUUAUAAUGCCAACACAGGUGUUUUCACUGCACCAGUGAAAGGGUUGUACUACUUCCGAUACUCUGGGCGUGCCACUUCAAGUAAAGAUAUGGGGUUGAGUAUCUUUAAGGGAAGCUCACGUAUUGUGUCCUCAUACGACCACCAUUCUGGUGACACAAAUGACAGCAUAUCCAAUGGUGUUGCUCUGGAGCUGGACGUCGCCGAUGUGGUCUACAUGCGCCUCUGGAUCAACUCGUGGAUCUUUGUUGACAGACGCUAUAACUACUGCACGUUCAGCGGGUUUUUGGUCUCCCCUAUGUGAACCUCUUUGCCUCUGCUGAAUAUAGUGUACGAUACAUGACAGUUUGGUUCUGAAUCACAGUUUUGAAACAUCAUGCAAGGGACACAUCAACAGUGCUCAGAAUAACGAAUCAAGGACAAAGACAUGCACUAAUUGUUAUUAGUUUCUUUAAGAGUUUUUAUUUUUUAUUUUUUUACAGAAAUUAAGCAUUUGCAGUCACAGCCUAGUCACAAAUGUUGAUGAAGAGGAUGUUAUUUUAUAGGUGCUACUAGCUUAAGUUAGCACAAACAGUUGAUUUGUAUGGGAUGAUUCUGAAUCAUGUAUGAAAAAAGGUUGUUUUUCUUGGUCUCAUGCAUAUUGCUGGUAUGCAUUGUUGCUAUCCAGACUGAUGCUAUACUGCAUGACCUGUAUAUAGCAUCGUCUUGGGAUGUGCUGGUGUGCGUAAUGGCUUGUAAAAUUUGAGCAUGGUUAAACUUGUUUCAGAAAGUAGAUUAUUAUGCAACACAUAAUUAUAUAAACGAUGUACUGACCUUCAAAAUUGUCAUAACAAACUUUUCCAUUGGCAAUAAAGCAAUGCGAUUUGAUCUGA